CCUCGUGUUGCGACGGCUGGUCACGUGAUGCGGGUUUAGCGCUCUCCUUCUCUGUCAACUUUUUUGCUUAAAACUACUAUUAAUAUGGCAGAUGUUGAACAUUUAAUGGUUAGUUUCGGUGCGUUUCCACUUAAUGCGCGUUUGCGUGCCGUUGGCGCCGCUACAGCGACGAAAAUCUGGCGUCGAAAUGUUCUUUCUUUCUGGUGGAAAAUCACGUGACCUCCACGCGAUUCUUGCCGUUUGGUAAAGAUGGCGGCGGAUGGUUAGAAAACAAGCGAAGCGAAGGGGCAACAUCCUUCAAACCGCCGCGACACUCGAGGUCCCUGGAAAUCGUUGAACGAUGGAUCCAGGACAAGAUUUGCUUCUUGCAGCCCUUAGCGAAAGUGGAAUCUGCCCAAAUGACCUUUUUGACAUUGAUUCUCAGGACACUGCUCAGUCCCCUGCCUCUCAACAGUCAGUAUCGAAGACUGCCCUUGACAUUGGUCUCGGUAGUGAAGCAGCUGGAAUUGUUGCAAUUGAACCUGCUGUGCCACCCACACCUACAGUCACAAUCCGACAGAAGCCUCAGCCCUCAACGACCACAUUCGUCUUAAAUCAACUGAAUCAACUGCCAUCACUGGGAACCAUCGUGGUCACAAAGCCCUCAGUGGGGACCUCCUCCAGACAGACCAUCACAGUAACCAAGGUGGUGCAGACAUCGUCAGCUCAGCGAAGCUCUUCCUCAUCCUCCAAUACUGCCGCCGUGUGCAGUGUGGUCCCACAGACUCGGGAGCAGAUUAAGCUGAAGGACCUGCUCCGGACUAGCGGUGUGAAGACAAACAGCCUCGGUGAACUUAUGAAGCUGAAGCCUCCACCUGAUAUUGUGCAGCCUGUUGCUACAGCCACAGGCACAAAGAUUAUUUUGCUCUCCUCAAAGUUGAUGAAUAAACCAGUGGAGGUAAACAAUGGUGUGAAGAAAGAGGUGUCGAGCAAAGAUGUCGCCAGAAUCUGGGCCAAUGAAGAAAUCAAAAUGCGGAGCUUUUCACCUGUAAAUAAGUUACCUGGAAUGAAGGAGGAGGAGGAGCCAGAGGAGGAAGAGGAGGAGGAGUUAGGUCACGCAGAAACAUAUGCUGAAUACAUGCCAAUGAAAUUGAAAAUAGGAGAGCGACAUCCUGAUCCUGUGGUGGAGACCAGCUCCCUCUCAAGUGUCAGCCCUCCUAAUGUGUGGUACAGACUUUCCAUUCCAGAGGAGACAAUCGACAGAGGCUGGCUAUCUGCUCUUCAGCUUGAAGCCAUUACAUAUGCCUGUCAGCAACAUGAGACAUUCCUUCCAAAUCGAGACAGAGCAGCUUACCUGAUCGGUGACGGUGCUGGUGUAGGAAAGGGAAGAACUAUUGCUGGAAUCAUAUAUGAAAAUUAUCUUCUGGGCAGGAAAAGAUCUCUCUGGUUUAGCGUCUCGAACGACUUGAAGUAUGACGCAGAGAGGGAUUUGAGAGAUAUUGGUGCAAAGAACAUCCAGGUCCAUUCUUUAAACAAGUUCAAAUAUGGAAAGAUUUCAUCAAAACACAACGGAAGCGUGAAAAAAGGUGUGAUCUUUGCUACAUACUCGUCCCUGAUUGGAGAGAGCCAAACGGGUGGAAAGUAUAAGACUAGAUUCAAACAAUUACUCCAUUGGUGUGGGGAUGAUUUUGAUGGUGUGAUAAUCUUUGAUGAAUGUCACAAAGCCAAAAAUGUUUGCCCAAUUGGGUCCUCGAAACCCACAAAGACUGGACUGGCUGUUCUCGAGCUCCAGAACAAACUACCAAGAGCACGUGUUGUCUAUGCCAGUGCUACAGGAGCUUCUGAGCCUCGGAACAUGGCUUACAUGAAUCGUCUUGGGAUCUGGGGGGAAGGAACGCCUUUUAAAGAAUUUUCUAAUUUUAUUCAAGCUGUUGAAAGAAGAGGUGUUGGUGCCAUGGAAAUUGUUGCCAUGGAUAUGAAAUUGAGAGGAAUGUACAUUGCUCGACAGCUGAGCUUCCAGGGUGUGACAUUUAAGAUUGAGGAAGUUCCUCUGACGCAAAACUACAUCAAAAUGUAUAACAAGUCAGUCCGUCUGUGGGUGAGUGCGAGGGAGAAAUUCCAACAAGCAGCCAACUUGAUGGACGCCGAACAGCGCAUGAAAAAGUCAAUGUGGGGACAGUUCUGGUCCGCACACCAGAGGUUCUUUAAAUACCUGUGUAUCGCUUCAAAAGUGCGCAGAGUGGUGCAGCUUGCCCGAGAGGAAGUAAAGAAUGGAAAGUGUGUGGUCAUUGGCCUGCAGUCAACUGGUGAAGCCCGAACACUCGAGGCCUUGGAGGAAGGUGGAGGCGAGCUCAAUGAUUUUGUCUCUACUGCAAAGGGUGUCCUGCAGUCAUUGGUGGAAAAGCACUUCCCUGCUCCAGACAGACAGAAGCUCUUCAGCUUACUGGGUAUUGAUCUGUCUGCAAAGAAAACACCUUCACCAGCAGAAACCAAGGAGGAGCAGAAGGGGAAAAAGAGGAAAGGUGCAGAGGUUAAAAAAGGAGCAAAAAAGUCCCGGAAAUCUGGAGGGCUUUCAGGCAGCAGUUCGGAUGAGAGCAAUUCGGAAGACUCUGACAAAGACGACAGUGACAAUAGCUUUGACUCGGUCAGCUCAGGAGAUGAUGAUGAUGAAGAUGAUUUCAACCCCUUCAAGGAUGAUUCCAGUGAGGAUGAAGAAGAUGAUCCUUGGCUAAUCCGUAAAGACUCUAAAAAGAGCAAGGAAAAGAAGAACAAGAAGAAGAAAAAGAGCAUAGACCCAGAUUCCAUUCAUAGUGCCUUGUUAGCCUCUGGGCUUGGUUCGACCAGGCCUGCUUUCACAACACCUGUUGUAAAACCGACAUCAAACAACACUGUUGCUCCUGCUAAAAGUGAACCUGAAGAAAGUAGCUGUGUGACCAGUAAUGACGCAGUGGAGGAUGCCCAGCAGAUGAAGAGGGAGCUGUUAGAGCAGCUCGAGAAACUGGCUGAGGAUCUGCCACCAAACACACUGGAUGAGCUUAUUGAUGAGUUAGGAGGCCCUGAAAAUGUGGCAGAGAUGACUGGACGCAAAGGCAGAGUAGUCAGCAAUGACGAUGGCAGCAUCUCCUACGAAUCAAGAUCAGAACUGGAUGUUCCUGUAGAAAUCCUGAACCUCACAGAGAAGCAGCGGUUCAUGGAUGGAGACAAGAACAUUGCUAUAAUCUCAGAGGCAGCCAGCUCUGGUAUUUCACUGCAAGCAGACCGUCGAGUGAAGAACCAGAGGAGAAGGGUGCACAUGACUUUAGAGCUGCCAUGGAGUGCAGACCGGGCUAUUCAGCAGUUUGGUAGAACACACAGAUCUAACCAGGUCACUGCUCCCGAGUAUGUGUUCCUGAUAUCGGAACUUGCUGGGGAACAAAGAUUUGCCUCCAUUGUUGCCAAAAGACUUGAGAGCUUGGGUGCUCUCACACAUGGAGACCGAAGAGCAACAGAGACAAGGGACCUCAGUCGAUUCAACUUUGACAACAAAUAUGGCAGAAAUGCUCUUGAGAUUGUUAUGAAGUCCAUUGUCAACUUGGAUGCUCCCUUGGUCUCUCCCCCGGCUCAUUUCGAAGGGGAUUUCUUUAAAGAAAUCCGCAAUGGUUUAAUUGGUGUGGGGCUGAUUAAUGUGGAGGAUAGGUCUGGUGUUCUCUCACUGGAUAAGGACUACAACAACAUUGGAAAAUUCUUAAACCGGAUCCUUGGCAUGGAGGUCCAGCAGCAGAAUGCCCUCUUCCAGUAUUUCUCUGACACUUUGAAUGCUGUCAUACAGAAUGCCAAAAAGAAUGGGAGAUAUGAUAUGGGAAUUCUGGAUUUGGGCUCUGGGGAUGAGAAGGUUAAAAAGAUUGAUGCGAAAAAGUUCCUGACACCAGGUUACUCCACAUCAGGCCAUGUUGAACUUUAUACAGUUAGUGUGGAGAGGGGUAUGUCAUGGGAGGACGCUACACAUAUCUGGGCAGAACAGAACGGACCAGAAGAUGGCUUCUACGUGCAGGUACGGAAUAACAAGAAAAUAGCCAUCAUGGUCAAAGAAGUCAACACCAAAAAGAGACUAUUCAUGGUGUACAGACCAAAUACGGGAAAACAGCUCAAACUGGAGACAUAUGCAGAUAUACGGAAGCGAUGCAAAAAGGUUGUUUCAGAUGAGGCUAAGCAGUGCUGGAUAGAUCAGUAUAGAUCUUCAGCGGAUGUUUGCUCUCAUGCCUAUUGGCGAGGGAACUGUAAGAAGGCAUCGGUGGGGCUGCAGUGUGAAAUAGGGCUGCGCUGCAGGACAUACUACGUCCUAUGUGGCUCCGUGCUCAGUGUGUGGACCAAAGUAGAGGGCGUCUUGGCCUCAGUCAGCGGAAGCAACAUGAAGAUGCAGAUUGUCCGUUUGAGAACAGAGGAUGGACAACGAAUAGUAGGUCUGAUCAUUCCAGCAAACUGCGUGGCUCCCCUCACCAACAUCCUGUCCUCAUCGGACCAAUCACAGCAGCUGGCUGUGCAACAGCAGCAGAUGUGGCAGCAGCUGCACCCACAGAGCCUCAGCCACUCUUUCAACACAUAGCAAAACCCAGUGGGCCAACAGCAGACAUGGGACCCCAGCACUGCAUCACGAGCCUUCCUCCCUGCCACCAUGCUAAGAGGAAGACUGCCUUUGUGUGUAUAGAGGCUCGCUGGACUACUGACUCAAAAGCUGUAAAGCCUCCCAAGUUGAAGAGGAAGUAGUGUGAGGAUGGGUUGGGAGAAUAGAAUAUUGUUCAGGCUGCUUGCUUUUUUUUUCUCUCCUCUGCCUGUGUUCAACCCCUUAUUCUUUAAAGCUGCGAAGUCAACCAUAUUUGUUUUUUGUUUUUGUUUUUUUACACAGGUCAGCGCUCAGGGGUUCAAUGUCACAUCAGUUCUCUUCCAGGCCUCAAAACAAAAAAGCAUGCUUUGUCUUGAUUUUGGACCCCACACUAUCCAGUCAUUGACCGAAUCUGUCUAUUCCAUCAUUUUUGCACUGAAAUAACAGUUUGGUCAAAGAUGUACAAUAUUUCCUCCAUAAUUGUAACAUUCAUUUAGGUUUGUUGACCAAUGUUUGCAUUAGUUCUGCACUGGACCUAUGAGCGUUAUGUAGGUAAGUUAUGGAAAUAUAUUCAGAGACAUCCAGAAAAGAAUUGGAGUGACAUUACCUUCAUAGCUCCAGUACAAAACCAGCUGAAACCAUCGUAGCUGAUAAGUUACAUUUGGGUAUGAAAAAUGUAUGCAUGGCCAAACUAUUUCUUUAAGAAUGUCCCAGUGUGCACUAAUACCAAAAAAAAAACUUUAUUUCUUCGAGGCCCCAUCAUACCUACUCCUAAGGAAACUCCUUUCCACAGAGAUUUUAGUACAGAACAGGAUGUAGUUGUAAAUUCAUUGAUUUACAUAGUAAGCUUGCUAGUCCUAAAAUAUAUAUAUAUAUACAUUUUUUUUUUUUUUCUUUUAGUUGGAGGAGAUACAUUUUUACAAGAACAGAAUUGCACAAUAAUUGCAUGGUAGGAUCCUGUGGGAUCUGCUUUUCUGCACUGUAACCCCCUCUGACAUUCUGUAGCAUGCGUAACGCUACCAACUGCAAACUUCUGUGAAGAGAUUUGUUGAAUGUCAUGGUGCAAAGAUGGUGGAAUACCCCUGUAAAGAUCAAACAAGAUCUCAAUCGAGUAAAGCUCUCCUAGGGAAAGCGCUGGCUCUUCAAUGGGUUAUACAAUUAUUAAAUUAUAAUAAUACCUACCCCUAAAGACUCGUCUGGGCUCAUCAAGAACUGACGCUGCAUGGUUGAAUGGAUAACUAGCUUCUUUAUUUUGUCUAUUUAUCAAACAAGUCAAUGUCUGAGAGGGUCAGUUUAUUUUUCUCCUUUGCUGUUUUUUUUUUUGUAUAUUUAAGUACAACAUUGUUCACUGAACAUUGUUAUAAACUGGAAUCCGCUUUAUUGGUAAGCUCCGUCGCUUUUAAUUAGCACAUUUCCUGCUUCUUGCUUUUAAUAUUUGCAGUCACACGGAACAUUUAAUGUGGUAGGGUGGAAGGACUGUAAUGCCUUUUCCCACCACCUCAUAAUUCAGUGUAAAAUGUUCACCAGGUGCAAAAUGCUAGGUUUUUUUCUCCAAUGUUUGUGUAUAGUUGCAUAUCUGAAGUUGUGUUCUGCUUAUGGUAUAGAUGUUGGCACACUUUAGGGACAGUGCCAUUUCAGCCUUGCACGAGUUGCACUACUGUUGGAUCACUUGUACAUAGAAAAAAAAAAAAAAAUCCCACCAACCCUCUGAACAUUGAGUGCAAGAUCUCUACCUCUUGCAUAUGACCAAUAAAUCUUGUGGUUAACCUUGAA